GUACCUAGUCCUUGGUGUUAAGUGGUGCUAAGAACGAAAACCGGUAAACAGUCUACGUUUUUUUUUUGUACAUUUAUUACAGAUAGAACAUUAAUUAGGAUUGUAAGGAUGGCGGCAUUCGAGGAAAUGGGUGUUCUACCCGAAAUUGCAAACGCAGUGGAUGAAAUGGAAUGGACAUUACCAACUGAUGUCCAAGCUGAAGCUAUUCCAUUAAUUUUGGGUGGUGGAGAUGUAUUGAUGGCUGCAGAGACUGGUAGUGGAAAAACUGGUGCUUUCUGUUUGCCAGUUAUACAAAUUGUAUGCGAAACUCUAAAGGAUAUAGAAUCUGGCAAAACAGCUAAAACAAGUUCUACAGGACAUCAUCAGCCUUCUACACAUUGGGCAUUGAGUUUAUUUGAUAGAGGAAGAGCUCUAGCUGUUACUCCAGAUGGCCUGAGAUGUCAGAGUCGUGAACAAAAGGAAUGGCAUGGUUGCAGAGCAAACAAAGGAGUACAUGGGAAAGAAAAAUUUUUCUAUGAAGCUAUAGUAACUGAUGAAGGUUUAUGCCGUGUAGGCUGGUCUACAGCUGAAGCCACAUUGGAUCUGGGAACAGACAAGUUUGGCUUUGGUUUUGGUGGUACUGGUAAAAUGUCAAAUGCGAAACGGUUUGACGAUUACGGAGAACCUUUUGGAAUGCAUGAUGUAAUUGGAUGUUACUUAGAUUUAUCAAAUGGGCAUAUUAGGUUUACAAAAAAUGGUAAAGAUCUUAAUGUAGCAUUCAACUUGAAUGCACAACAAAAGUCACAGACCUACUAUCCAGCUGUUGUAUUAAAAAAUGCUGAAAUGUCAUUUAAUUUUGGAGCACAACCAUUUAAAUAUCCACCAUCUGGUCAUUUAAAAGAUCACAUACCUCUUGCUUCAGUUCCUAAAGAAUGUGUUAGGGAAAAUCCUAAUAAUACUAGUCAAGGUCAAAGUAUAGAGGAUAGCAAACCAAAACCUAAUGCUCCUCAAGCUAUAAUUAUGGAACCAUCGCGGGAACUUGCUGAACAAACAUAUAAUCAGAUUCAAAAGUUUAAAAAAUAUCUAACAGAUCCUACCAUCAAAGAUUUGUUAGUUAUUGGAGGAGUAAGUGUAAAAGAACAGAUUUCUAAGCUAAAUUCAGGUGUGGACAUAGUGGUUGGAACACCAGGACGUUUAGAAGAUCUGAUACAAGGAGGCUAUUUGUCCCUAACACAUUGCAGAUUCUUUAUUUUGGACGAAGCUGAUGGUCUAUUGAAGCAAGGUUACACGGAAUUAAUCGAACGUUUGCAUAAACAAAUACCAAAAGUUACAUCAGAUGGAAAAAGACUGCAAAUGAUCGUGUGUUCGGCCACGUUGCAUUCUUUUGAAGUGAAAAAAAUGGCAGAUCGCCUGAUGCAUUUUCCAACAUGGGUAGAUUUAAAAGGUGAAGAUGCUGUACCCGAAACUGUGCAUCACGUUGUUGUAAUGUUAGAUCCGCAGAAAGAUAAAUCUUGGCAUAACUUAAGAAGACACAUAGAAACUGACGGUGUACAUCAACGAGAUAAUAUAAGACCAGGAAGUAACGAUCCUGAGACGCUAUCAGAAAGUGUGAAAAUACUAAAAGGCGAAUACUGUAUUCGUGCCAUCAAGAUGCACAACAUGGAUAGAGCUAUCAUCUUCUGUAGAACUAAAAUAGAUUGCGAUAAUUUGGAACGGUAUUUGAAGCAAGUUGGAGGAAAUCAAUUUUCGUGCGUAUGUUUACACGGUGAUCGAAAGCCUGCCGAACGGAAAGCUAAUUUAGAAAAGUUCAAGAAACAAGAAGUAAAGUUCUUGAUCUGUACCGAUGUUGCUGCUAGAGGUUUAGAUAUUACUGGGCUACCAUUCAUGAUUAAUAUGACUCUACCUGAUGAGAAAUCAAACUACGUGCAUCGUAUCGGUAGAGUUGGUAGAGCUGAACGAAUGGGUUUGGCUAUUUCAUUAGUUAGCAAAGUACCAGAAAAAGUGUGGUACCAUGGUGAGUGGUGUCCCAGCCGCGGAAGAAAUUGCAACAACACUAAUCUUACCGACAAGGGUGGUUGUUGUACCUGGUACAAUGAACCAAAUUAUUUAGCCGAAAUCGAGGAUCACCUAAAUAUCACAAUUCAACAAGUUGAACCGGAUAUGAAAGUUCCUAUGAACGAGUUCGACGGGAAAGUUAUAUACGGAGAAAGAAGAGCAAACAUGGGUUCGACUUAUCAAAAUCACGUUGAACAAAUGGCACCUUACGUGGCUGAGUUAUCUUCCUUGGAAUCAAGAGCACAACUUUUGCAUUUGGAAAGGCAUAUGGCUGCAGCAGCGAACUAAAAUUGCGUUAACUUAAUAUGAGAAAUCAAGAUCUACUAUCAUGCUUUGCAAAUUGAGUAUUCAAUUUUGUGUUUGAAUGUUAUUUCUAGUGUUCUAAUAAUUUUAAUACCCAGAAAUACAGUGUACUGUAAUUUUCAAAUGUAAUAUAUAAAUUUGUUACAUAUAAUAUAAAGUUUCAAUUCGCACGUAACAAGGAGUAUUUUUUACAAAUUAAUCAUUUAAAAAAAAGAAGAACAAAAGAAAUUGACUCGCGUAAAUACCAUUUCGUAUAUGUGUAUAUAAGACAUCCGGUAAGUGUUUAUUGUAUUUUUUAUAAUCUUCAUAAUUGUACCAUCGCUAUUUUAGUUACACAAAUGUAUAAUACAGUGACUUUGCAGUGUUUAGUUUUUGUUAACCUUCGCAAUAUCCUUUGUUUGUGUUUUGUGAUACGUGCGCACGAGGGGCACACGUACGAUCUCAGUUUUUUUUUUUUUUUUUUUCGAACAGUAUAAUUAUAUAUCAUUUAUACUCUUAAAAUUUACUAAAUGACUUCUGUUUAAUUACACAUAAUAAUUUUAUACACAUUUCUCGAAAUCAAUGGUAAACGACUAUAGUUACACAGUAUACAAAUCAUACUGUUUGCUUUUUUUGUAUUCGGGUACAGCAUACAUGUGUUCUCUCUCCCUUUCAAACAGUGUGCACGAUUGAUUCACGCGUUUAUGAAUGCAUUUCUUUUCACACUUUUAAGAUGGUUUUCAUUCCAUUGUCGCAGUUAAUACAAUAUAGAGUCAAACCAUUUACACGCUAAUUUAAUUGAUUAAUCAGCAUAGAUUCAUGAAAACAUUUCCUUUUUUCUCUCUCUCUCUUUCUCUCUCUUUUUAUAUUCAGACAAUCAUCACAGAAUGAGAAUGAAAUAUUUUUUUUUCCUGUUUCUUGUAAUCUAAAAACACAUUUAGUCGUUCACACCAUUCUCUCUCUCUUAAAAUGGCACGCUCGAUAACACACACUUCGAAAAGUUUCACUCGAUCGCUUUAACUCGGUUGAAUUAUAUUUAUAUAAUAUAUACAGAGUGCCUCAAAAAGAACGAACACCGUGGAAACUGGAAAUCUUUUAUGGCAAAUGAUAAAAAAUUCCUUUACCACUUUAUAAUUUGUGAUUUUAUUUCUAAGAUAUACGUAUUUAAAAAUUGAAUGAUGGCGCCAAUGUAUAUCUCAGGUUGUAGCUGAUCGUAGGGGAAAAUACAUUCACGCAAAAAAAUUAUAAUUAAUUACCUUGUUAAUUUAAUGCUUCAGUUUUAAUAUAAUUUUAGCAGUGACUGGACUAAAUUAAAUUUAAAGUACCCAUCACAAAUGACACCCGCACCUGUCGACGCGAUAAUACUGACGCUUUCAACACGUGACUGGGACCACGUGAUCAGCCGCCUAAAUUUAAACAGAGCGCGCCGGAAAUGAAGUAUCCAAUUUUAAAUCGCUUAUAUCUCUUAAAUAAAAUCGCUGAUUACAAAAUAGCAAAGGACUUUUCGAUCCCUUUUUUCAUCAAGAAUUUGUAGUUUGCACGAUGUACAUUUUUUCUGAGACAACCUGUAUAAUAUAUAUAUUCAUUUAUUUAUUUAUGUACUUAUAUGUAUAUCAGUUUAUCGUAUAUGCUACACGUCCACCCCACGAUUUUUACUUAAAUAGCUUGGACAACUAAACGACUCAGGUGAUCAAUACCCGUUCGCGUAUUUCAUAUAGUAACCAUUAAUAUAUUUUUUUUCGUUUGAUUGCAUUGUACGCAAUAAUGUGUAUAUGUAUGUAUGUGUGUCUGCGUUUGUUUUUUAAUUGUGCAGUUUUAUCAUGAACGCUUGAAAAGAAUAGAAAAGAAAAUAUCUCCCGCGUAAGAACACGCGGUGUGAUUCGAGAAAUCAUGGGGCGGACAACAUUCAAUUUUCAAUUUUUCCUAAAGAAUUUUUCUCCUUUUCUUAUUUAUUCAUUUACAUCACGUAUAGUUUCAUUUCUGUUUUUUUUUCUUCCACGCACUCGCUCGUAUGAUCAGCGCAAUAUCGAAUGUUACAAUUGUUCAACGAUCUCUUAUCUUUUCCAUUCGUUUAAGUCUUCGGCUAAACGUUACUUCUAACAAGAGAGACACGCAACAACGAAUUCAUUUAAGAAUUAAGGGAGAAAAACACGGGUGUAUCGAGAGAGGGAUGCUGAUGAUGGACUGGAGGGACAUUACUUAUCGACGAGCUGGUAACUCUUCUUUUCUCUCUCGCUUUUUUUUUUUUUUUUUUUUUUUUAAAGUUUCAUAUUCUCGUUCUCUAUUACGUGGAUACAUAUUUAUUCACGAACAAUUAAGUGAUCCUCUCGUCGUUCUUCCUUUCAUCGCUAGGAUCAACGAUACAACUUCGUCUAAUGCUUUUUCUUCCUUUGAAAAAUUCCAAUUAAAUGUUCGCCAGUUUCCACUUGGAAACCAUCAUUAAACGAACGCUCAUCAUUGUUUCCGUUUGCUCCUCAGAGAAGCUUUUUCCCGGAUCCUAGCGAACAAGAUCCGAAGACUAGAAAAAAAGAAACGUUCGAUUCCGGAUAACGGAUCGACGAUCGAUCACCGUACACAUAUAUUUUUCAUAGAAAUUACUUCGAAUAGAAUACGUGUGGCAAGAGCCCAUUGUUUGACUCCUCUUCUUUCCCUCUAUUUUUAUACUUAACGAAUAGGACAGUUUUGGCGCGCUCGAGGCACAAGUAGCUUCUUUCUCUUGUUCUUUCUUUAUUAUUUCAUCUAAUUCGACAGAAAAUAAAAACAACAACAAGUGGUCUUACAUUGAGGCAGUCGUUUGAUAGAACUAAAGAAGAGAUUAGUUACACAUCGUUGAAAUGAAUCGAAGCGUUUCGUCAACGUAAGAUCACUCUCGCUAUGUUCUAUGAGUUAAAGUAAUCUUGAUUUUUUUUUUUUUUUUUUUUUAUCAAUCACGAGGAACGAACGAAACACGGUUUGUAGAGAAGUUAUAUAGAAAGGCACGAUCCACAAUCGGGAACCAUGAUACACAACGGUUGUAGAUGUUAUCAGAUAGAAGACAAUGGAACAUUUAUGUCCUUCUUUUUUUUGGUACCUAUUCGUAAAUUCGAAAAGGCUAUUAAAGAUAAUUCAAUGCACCACAAAUGAUAUUAGGUUGUUGCAGAUGAAAUGUUUGAUUAGAACGUCCAUGGUUUGAUAUAAUUGACAACCAGCCAUUUUUGUAUUAAGAAUAUCAACGAAAGGUGAAACUUUAAGCUUCGAAUUGAUGUGGCAUAAGUGAUAUUUGACGAUAAUUUUCUGUCAUGAAAUUAUAUUUAUACUUUGCACGUUUGAUAUGCAACAACCUGCUACUAUGUUUCUUUGACAUUUUACCUACGGUAGGAUCGUACACGUUUACGCGAUCGUUUAAUUAGACGCUCGUUAAUCACGAACGCAACGUGUCUGUAUCUUUCGAGAGAGACAGACGAUAAUAAUGAUGUGACGUAAGUAAUUAAUUCUACUUUACCGCUAAGGAUGUUGCGUAGUGAAAAGCUGACAUAGAAAUGAUAAGCUUCGGUUAUUUGAAACAAAUGAACGUGCAUGAUUUCUUUUUUUUUAGUAAAAGACCACUUUCGUUUACACCCUCGAAUGUCGGAGCCGGGUGAAUUUUAUAGACCAAAUAAUUAAUAAACGACGCUUUUUUUUUCCUUUCUGGUCAUGGAAUUAAUUUCGCCAAGAAAUAAAAAUACGCACCUGAAUGUCUGCGUAUGCGUAUGAAAAACGCAUCGACAUUUAUUAGAACGUUAAUCGUUAUAUCGAUUGAUCUUGUUGACUUUGAUUCAUCGAUUGAAUAAUUUUAACUUUCAGAACGAUCGUUUCGCUCUCUGCGCAUAUGAUCAUUUAAAUAAAUUACAUCGAUCUAAAUUGCACAGAAUUUCUUCUCCCCGGAGAUAGCUUUUCGUUAACAAUGAUUACAGAAGUAAUCGCUGAUCACAAUAAUAAUGACAACAUUUAACCUGUUAACCGAGAAAAGGACGAGUUAAUACGUUCCUUUAUCGUGCGAAUUGUUCAAACUAGAUUCAAAAAUUAUAUCACAAACGCAAACUUGAGUGUUUAAUCAAUGAUCGAUGGCACCGGUGUAUAUGUUUGGAUCACGAUCAUCGACCCAGCACCGUCGUUCGUGGGUUAAUCGAAGUGACCCAUGGGAACGUAUUAACCCGUCGUUCGAGCGAAUAUACGCAAACAAAUUGUUGCAUCGUUACGCUUUAAUUACGAAGAAAAAUACGUAUGUUGCGUAGAAGAUAAAUCGGUUCUACUUUAUUCACUUCUUGUUACACAGUUGAGAAGGAGAAAUGACUCCUUUCCGAUUGAAAAAUGACUCGGUUAACAGGUUUAUAAUAACGACAAUAACGAUGAUGAGAAUGAUGAUGAUGAUGACAAGAUGACGAUAAUGACGACGACAAUAAUUAAUAAUAAUAUAACUACAUUAUCCGUUUCAAUAAAAUCUGACCGUGUAAAGACAAUUCAUUUCUUUUUCAUUAUCGAAUAACAGUGUAACGAUAAGACGAUCACAAUAAAUGACUCUGUAUCCUUAACAUAAACGCGAACGUUAUUUAUCUAAUAGCAGACGUUUCGUGGCUUAUCGUUCGGAUACGCGUAACGAAUCGAGAUUUCUUUUUUUAUAAUAAAUAUGUAUUCUUAUUAGCCAAUGUAUGGAUUAUCCGGUAAAUGAAUCGAUUUACUACGAAUAGUAAACACUGUUAUGUAUUUACUUGAUACUUUUGCUAAAAUCUUGAAUACAUUGAUUAAUAAUUCUAUACAUUUAUUAUUAAUUUCCAUUUUUUUCUAUAUCGUUCCUUACCGGUACCUCGAAUCGUCGUUUAGCGAUCUGAUUAAGAAGUCAAGAACACUGCCAGUUAAUUAGUAUCGGUAAUAAUCACCAGCAGUGUUUUACUUUUUCAUUACGACGAUUCAGAUCGCGUCCAGUCUACUUUGACUUUCGCUUCUUAAGGCAAUACUCUCUCGUUCAAUCUCCCAUGCACAGCAACGUGGCCCACAAAGAAUUUUUUGACUAAACGCAAUAAUUUCGACUUGGUGGACGACGCGCUCCAUUUCCAUUCGCAAUCGUAAUCGCAAAGAAACGAGGAGGAUCGUUCUCUUGUAAAUCACCAGCGGGGUCGUUCGAAUUCGAACGAAAAUAAAAACCAAGUUUCGUACGUUGCACGCGCACAGUAGCUAAAUGAUCGAGACGUUUAUCGAGGGAUCUUUAAAUGCAAACGUAUUCGCGAUCGACGAGAUCGAAAACGUAAACUGUUCGAUCUUACCGCGUAACGCGCGAUUCGUAUCAAUAAAUGUACACCCGGCGAGUGAUCGAUGUCUUCUCUUGGUAGGGAAAGGUGUAGAGAUUCCAUUCCUCUAUACCUGUUCCUUCCAAGAGAAGACAGAAAUUUUUGCCAUGUACACAUAAAUAGAAUAUUUAACUUCGUCAAUCUAUCGAUACGUCGUCAUUUGCCUUUUUAUGAUCACACGAAUCUGCCAUUGUAGUAUUUACAAAUAAUAAUUACUUGCACCGCUUUAGUUUUUACAUGUACAUAUUCACAUGCCUGGUACACAUUGUACGUACAAUAAAAAGAAAAAAACUUGUGCGAUCGGCGUAUGUAUACAAUAUGUAUAAUUAUAUAUAUGUAUAUAAUGUAUGUAUAUGUAUAAUCGGUAUAAUCGUGGCCACGUAAAAUGGUUAUUUUAAUUCGGUUAUCCGUUUCUUUCUUUCGAUCACGUACGCGCGCACGCACACACACACACAAAACACAGUCGAUUAUAAUUUACACUCACGAAUUUUCCCUUUACAUUCAACACAGGUAAUAAUAGCAAAUGUUUCAUUCUUAUCUUUCUCUUUCUUUCUUUCUUUCGUGUGUGUUAUUGCCACCGUCUGUUAGACUAACAGGGACAAUGAUUUCACGGGCAGCUAUUUUUCGCAUCAUUGCACAUUAUUGUACAUUGGCAAGCGUCGAAUGAUGCAUCGUGAUACAUAGAAAAUAAUAAUACAAUAGAUUAUGAUUCAUUGUUCACGAUUCGAGUCGUUUCGAGUGAAAAGUUCUGUACCAACUGCAUCAUUGUUCGCAUCAACAUCGUUUGCCAAUGCACUCGUAGCUUCAUCCUUCGUUAUCCUACGUUAUUCAACGCCACUCGAAAUUAGAACGAUCGCGUAUCUCUUUCAGAAGAAAAGAAACGCAACGAAACGAAGAAAGAAAAAUCAUGGUGAUAGUAGUAGCGGUAGUAUAAGAAUACUCGUAACAAUACUAGUUACACGAUACUCGUUCAUACGGCUUGCAGUACACACGAUUACGAUGAUUCGCGUCUGUUUGUGCUGGGGGGUAGUGAACAUUCAAAGUUUCACGGAAGUUUUGUUGAUCGACAUAUGUAACAAUAUUACUCUCACCGAAAACAUGCUCGCAUUUUUCUCUCGCAUUCCAUUGCACUCUCGCAAUAUCUGUAAUCGGUUUCACAGUAAAAAUAACACUUGGUAAAGUUUAUAAAUACCGUUUUACAAACUAUGGCUUGUCAAUUUAUGUAUAUUAGUACGACAGGUAUACAUAUAAUUAAUAUGUGUAUGUGUGUGUGGUAUGCAUACAACGGGCCCAUACAUUGAUAUCGGUUACACGAGAGUACAUUACGAUCGUGGAGGAGGAACAGGAGGAGGAGAGGUGUGGGCUCGUUAGCAUUUACGGAGUAAUCGUUAUGCAAUGUCCGGAAUUUCUAUCCUCAUCGUUUCAACAGUCACAUCUGUUUAAUUACGAUCAGACUGGAAACAUCAUUGAAACAAAUGAAAUAUAAAAUGACCGAUGCCAAGUGGAUAAAAUUUGUCGAGACGAUUGAGAAAGAGGCGCAGAUGGGAGAACUCUGUUUAUCCAAAGAAAAUUUUACCAAAUAUCUGGUUAACACAAAUCUUUGCCCAUUUAAAUAAAUAGAGUUCUACCAUAGCACCAUUGAUACACAGAUCUUUGAAGAAGCAUAUAAAAAGAAUCAAAUAUACAGACAAUGGUUUAGAUGUAUACUUCUGUUCUCCAUGUUGCGUUACAAAUAAAUAAUCUUUGUUAUAAAAAGGAGCGAACGUGAUCGAGUUUGGAACAAGACGAUAAUAAGGAUAGUAAGACCGGAUGCCCCAAUAUAUUUACGUCAUGUUACAUAAAACCUUCUCGGAUCGUGGCUUAAUUCGUAUUUCCUUAUUUUACUCGGUUUAAUUUCACGUUAAACUCUCGUUAUCUAUUAAUUAAAAGUAGACGUUACACAGAUCGGUAACUGGCACUCGAUCCAGCGGAUACGAGAUAGUUGCCUGCACCACUGACUCUCCUUACAGAUGUAUUUUCCUUUCUUUUCUUUUUUUCUUAAUCCCGUGUAUUAAAUUGUUUAUGAAUUUGUAAUGAGAAUUUAUAUUCAUGCACCAUAUGUUCGAAACAAUUCGCACAUGUGUAUAGAAACAUCUCGUCCGCUGGAUCUAGUAGUAUGAAACGAAAAGAAAAAAUGAAAAAAAAAAAAAAUACAGUUAAAAUUCGAGAAAAAUGAAUAGGAGACUUAUCAUAUACAGGGUGUCCAAAUAGUAAAGAUACAUGAGAUAAGAAAUUCGCAACAUCGCAUGGUUGGUUCAGGAUAUUAAUCCUAAAGGAGUACCGAUGACAACCGAUUACCGAAUGAUUCAGAUUUUUACAAGAUCGAUGACAAAGUCUUAGUCGUGAUAUUCCCGAGUAAUUCUUCGCAUCACGGUGAAUGAUCCGAGGAACAAAACUGAACCAAUGAAACCAUUGAAUAAAAUACAUCGGAGGUGGAGAAUCGCUUCUGAAAUCAACGACUAUCACUUUCUCAACAUCCUGUACACGUUAUCCGUAUUAUAAACGUUCGGGGACCAUGAAGCGUGCUCUACUCGAAAACGUGACCCAGGACUUUGCGUUAUGAGAGUCGAAUGAAUAAGCAACAUAUUAUAAUCUCUGGUAUGUUGUAACGUUACAUCAACGAUAGUUUGAUUGUAAAUGUCGGGGUCUAACCGCUAGUCAAAUAGAGUGUACGUGUAAAAUCAACACCUUUAUCCCUUUCUUUUUUUUCUUCAAACGUGGCACAACAUCCUUCUUUGCAGAUUGUUGUUUAGGAUUCAACAUGUAGAGACAGUAGCUACAACGAGAACAACGUGCCCUAAGUACACGAGAAUUAAAAGUAGUCUCAAUGGAAAUCAGUAGAAACGAUAUCGGGUGGAGGAAUCUCGAUAUUCGAUAGGAAACGUACAUAAAAAACAUGAAUCCGUGGACGGUCACCCUGUACAUAUUUGAUACAUAGUUAUACAAUUAAAACGCUCGUCGAAAUACUGUAAAAUCUCACAAAAUACUCUUCUUGUAAAAAGAUGCGGCUGAAAGACUCCUACGGAUCGGGCCAAUGCGAUUUAAACUGGAGAUUCGGAAGGUUGGGUAAAAUUAAUUUUCUUUUUUUUUUUUUCUGCAAGAAGAUCUCGUUUGACAAGGGGGUGAGACGGGGCGAGGAGAAAAAGAUAGAGAUUCGAGAAACGAGUAAAAGAAAACGUUAUCAACGAUAAGGACUUUUUAUCAGAGACAAUUACCUAAGUCUUAGGAAACGUUUCUUAAUACUAAAUCUGAACGAUACACAAUGAACGCGACGAGUGUGCCAGACGAAACUAAAGAGCCGUUUCCGCACGAUCGUCGUGGAUAUCCACUUGGUGAACACGUCGACGUCGCGUAACGAACGUUCAUACGCUCUGCUUAUCAACGAAUUGAUGCGUAAUUAGAAUAAAAAUUAACGAGGUAAUUAGUUUAAAAUUGCACGUGUUUCUAUUAGCAACGAACGUUGUAUUCCCACGUUCAGCACACUGUACGUCGAAACCUAAUUUAAAAAAAAAAAAAAAAAAAAAAAUCAAGGAGUC